GUCAAUUCUUCUAGCAGCCAAAUUUGUUGGUCGGUCGUUGACUACCUCCCCAAACCCCUUCACAUUCUCACUCUCACACGUUUCUUUUUGACAAUUUUUAGCUGAAAAAGUAAAAAACUUUGUCCGAAUUUUAAAAACUGAUUUGGAUUGAUCAAAUCUUUUCUCAGUUUCAGCUUCCAUGGCUACAGAUUCUACACCCCGCAUCCCAAACAGGGCCAAUUCAAGGAGGUCUAGCAACUUGAUACACCCAGUUGAUGUAGAAACGCCACCUGUUGGGACUCCAAGUCCAAUCAUUUACAGGGAAAUCAAGCAUUUCAAGAAAUGGAUACCUUGGUUGAUUCCUGCUUUCAUUGUUGCCAAUACUGUUAUGUUCAUCAUCACCAUGUAUGUGAACAAUUGUCCCAAGAAUUCUGUUUCUUGCAUUGCCGAUUUCUUAGGUAGGUUCUCCUUUCAGCCUUUUAAGGAGAAUCCUCUUCUGGGUCCUUCUUCUGCCACGCUGCAGAAGAUGGGGGCUCUAGAUGUAAAGAAAGUGAUUGAUGGACACCAGGGAUGGCGUCUCAUCACUUGCAAUUGGUUACAUGGAGGGGUUUUCCAUUUGCUGGCAAACAUGUUGGGUCUUUUAGUCAUUGGAAUCCGGCUUGAAAGAGAAUUUGGAUUUAUUCGGGUUGGAUUGCUUUAUAUCAUCUCUGGAUUUGGUGGGAGUUUGAUGUCCGCUCUUUUCCUCCAGUCAAAUAUCUCUGUUGGUGCCUCUGGUGCACUUUUUGGGUUACUUGGAGGCAUGCUUUCUGAACUCAUUACUAAUUGGACAAUAUAUGCUAAUAAGGUGGCAGCAUUUGUGACUCUCCUGGUCAUCAUUGCCAUCAAUUUAGCAGUAGGAAUCCUACCACAUGUUGACAACUUUGCUCACAUUGGAGGAUUUCUCACCGGUUUCCUUCUUGGUUUUGUAUUUCUCAUCCGCCCCCAGUUUGGAUGGGUUAGUCAAAGAUAUGCCCCUCCAGGAUAUCCAAGUUCAGCUAACCCUAAAUUCAAGAAAUAUCAGUGCAUUUUGUGGAUCGUUUCCUUGAUCCUUUUAAUUGUGGGUUUGACCCUUGGACUGGUUAUGCUCCUCCGUGGAGUUGAUGCAAAUGAUCAUUGUUCUUGGUGUCAUUACUUGUCUUGCGUCCCUACUUCAAGAUGGAGCUGCAAUACGGAGCCUGCAUACUGCUCGGUAACAAAAAUCAACACUGUUUUUCAUUUUUUAUUUCCCUUUAUGCUUUCAACACAUGUCAAUGGAUUCAAUCCUUUAUCAAAACGUAUUAAAUUAUGGCUCCCAAAUGUAGAUCCUUUUAUAAUUGGAUUGAAAGGAUGGCUAUGUAACAACUACUUUGACCAUGUCACUAAGUAGUGAAUCUUAAGCAUGUUAGUUAGAACAACAAAACGGGAAAAUAAGAAUAAGGAGAUGUCAGGAAAUGAGAAGAUUUUAGUGUUCUGGGCAUAAAUUGUCGCAUAAGAUUUCAUCCUCAACUGGGAUACAACUGUUGGUUUUAUCCCUCCAGCGAAUCUGUGACUUGGGAUUUGCGAAAAGUGGGUGCUUGAUAUUAAACUCCCUCAGUCCCUCUACAUUUUGAACCAGAUUUGGUAUAAUAAAGAGCACAAUAUAAUUCUCAGAGAUCAGACUCAUGCUUAUGCAAACAUUGUUUUAUUUCUUGUGGUGCAACUUGUUUUCAGUUUGCCUUAACUUUUACAUAUACCUUAUGCAUGAACUUAAACUAUGCAGUCCACCCAACUAGGCAGCCAGGUAAAUGUUACUUGCUCCACCAGCGGAAAGACCACCACAUACUUUUUGCCAGGCGCAAGAAGUU